ACUGUAUAAUAUUAAACGCUUUAUAUUAACCACGAUCCAUGCUCUGUAUAAUGAGUUAAAGCAAGCCUGCUGUAAGGGAAAAAGACAAAUUAGCAAAGUGGAUACACGGACCCAGAGCACGAUGAUGUGCAAGAACAUCCUGCACUAUAUAAUAAUGCAGAGUAUCUCCGCACUGGAAAUGAACACGCUGAGCCCUAAUCUAGAUCUAUCACUGUCACAUACAGAUCUGUCCAAGAUGAGUGUGUAAGAGGAUAAUUACCCCGUAUACGUCAUCCCCUCCUUUCCUUUUAUCUCCAGUCCCCCAGCCUAAGGGGUAUAUAAAGAAGUUCUUUUAUAUCGAGAAACUAAAUCUCUCCUGCUCUUCGGCACAUAUUUCAGCACUUCCAGCGAUCGAGUGCGCACUCUAAACCUAAAUCUUGGAAACAGGGAAGAAGAUCGAAUAUCCCAAAGACCAACAAUGCACUUGUCCCUAUACCUUGUGCUGCUCCAUCUCGGCUGGUGUGUUCAAUGUGACAUUCUGUAUCCGAAUUACAGUUAUAAGCAGAAGCCCAGAUCUAUCAGAGAGAUAUACUUGCAGACACAGGGCGACGAUCCCAUACAGAGUAAUGACCGAUCGAUGGAUGAGCAAGAAGAAGACUUUGUAAGGGGACUUUCGGACAAUAGGAUGGAGAGGCAUGUGGAUGCUAUGUUCACCAAUACCUACAGAAAGUUCCUGGGCCAGAUCUCAGCCAGACGGUACUUACAGAACAUGAUGGGAAAACGACUAGGGCAAGACAACAAGGAAUGGAAAGGACUGCAGCUUGGUGACAAUGACAAGACAAUUAGAGAUGCUUUGGAGACUCUUCUGAGGGAAAGUGAAGGUCCUGAAAGGAGAGAAGAGCAGCCUCCAUACGCCUGGCUUUAGCAGCUACCCCGGUGGAAAGAGGAGAGAACUGCACUGUUAAGUGAAAACCACAGGCAGGGAUUAGUGAGGUUUAACCACCUGAAGUUGCUGAAAAAAAGAAUAUAAUUGCUAUGUAUAUUCAGAUGGCAGAUGAAGGCUUAACUCCUUCCUGGUGUGCAUAUAAAUAUUGUCUCAUAUCAUAA